AAAUCUAAACGGUACAGCCAUUAAGCUGCGACUCAAAACCAUGUACAGUCAGUGACAGUAGUGCAAACAAUAAUAGUAGAAAAAGUCAUACUGGGUCUAAUGGUAGAAUUUGGACUGAUUCAGAUACACUUGGGAAACAACUUUACCUUGGUUGAGGCUGAUAAUUUCAGGUUAGAUCGUGCAUGGAGGUUUGUAUAAGACCAUACUGCCAACUUUUUCCUAUUUAUAGCAUUUAAUAUAGAUCCAUAUCUUGUUACUUCAUAACAUAGGAAGUGAAGAAUGAACUGGAUUUUUUUUUUGUGAUCUAAACUGUUAAAUGUUCUUUCAAGUCUUAUUGAUCUUAUGUCAGCUCAGAAAAGGGAGAGUUGUAGAGUAGGAGGAGACAUUUGGGGCAUUAUUUCCAUUGCUUAAAUGGGCAUGAAACCAUCCUGAAUUAGUAGGUUGCUUCAUUUUAAUUCAAAGGAACAAACCUGUGUACACAAAAAAAGAUAAAGUGAGGAGUAAACCACAAUUCAAAAGGCUAAUGGUUACUGGAAGAUUAUUAAGAAUAUUGAAUAAAACAUUUUUAAGUUGGGAAUGCAGAGUAGGGAAAAAUACUUCCAAACCAGCAGCUCCUUUCACUUCACAGCUCUGUGGAUCAUAUUUGUUCCAGUAUUCCUUGUGGAAUAAAUCAGCUUUGAGCUGUGAUGGUUAAGAUUUGUGUGAUUCAAAGUGAUGCUUAGAGUGGGGUCAGUGGCGGGUGACAGCAACUAGGUCAUUUAUCUGCUGCUAUAUAGAUGGCAGAUGGAUUUACUUAUUAAACUACUGUAUGCAGAUCAUCAAAUCUUUGAGGUAUCCAUUACAGUGUAUUUAGAUUUGUUCUCAUUGCAAACUUUUGUCUUUUGCCUCAACACUCAUCAGAAUUGAACUGGUGGCACAGGACGCUAAGCGUCAUCUGAAGUAAAUCACUGUGUUUUUUAAAUUGCAUGUGUAGUUUACUGUGCAAAGUGGAAUCAGUGUAAACAGGAAUAACACCUAGGCUGAAGCUCGUAAGCGGCAGCCUUUCAUCUGACCUCGGGAAACUUUCAUUAGAAAACUGCAGCACUGCUGUUAUAGGAUCAGUAUAUACACAUUGCUAUUUGUUAAUCCAUGCCAUAGUGACAGAAGACAAUUAUAAUGCAGUAUAAUUACAGGAUACUGAAGCGUAACCCUCAGUCAAAAUAAUGCAUUAAUCACUGUCUUUGAUUCAGGUUGCAGUAAUUUAAUUCAAGUGCUGAGACAAAAGGCCGACAUUCACCCUGACGCCUACUGAGUUCUUAUUCCAGGCAGCGGAAAAUACAGAAACUGGCAGUAGCCAUCUCUCAAUCUUCAGUUUGUCAUUGCAACACAAGAUCCUAAUUCAUUACACAGCCUGGCUCACACUCAGGAGUGAAGGCUGGGAUAGAGUUAACAGUGAAACAGCUACAGCCAAAGGGGCGGUGUGAAUUAAAGGUUUGUGUCUUUGCUUAUAUACAGAGUGAGGAAUGGUAGCGUCUCUCCUGUCUUUUGGAAAACCUCUUGGCUUUCCUUAUGAAGCUGCCCCAGCCAUUCCUGGGCUGUACAAAGCGAAUUUGUCCUCUUCUUCAAGCUUCCUGAUAGCACAGCAGCUAAUUAGAGAUAAGCUUUAGCCCUUGCAGCUCUGCUGCAGUGCACCCCCACCCACUCCCUCCAUUGCCUCACCCAUUCUGUUUCUUCACUUGCCUUCCCUUUGUCUCACUCCCCUAAACAUUACAUUUCAGAGAACUGACUUCUCUUCUUCAUUCCUUUCUUGUAUUUUCCUCUCUUUGUCAGUCUUUUCUCUCACACUGUGGUGCAGCACAGCUGACAGUGUCUUGGCAUGGCUUGGAGGUCAAGUAUCCUUGAUGUCUGUGGAAUAUUCAGCCCAGAUAGAUGCUCAGUAGUUGUGCAGUAAUGCAGUGAGGUGUGGCUGGAGUGGAAAUGCAGGACCUGCUAGCCCUAAAAGAUUUAUGUGGAGGUGUGUCCUCCCCUCUUUUCUUGCUCCUCUGCAGGUGGAGUUGCACUGAAUUACUGUCAGUAAUAAUUUUCUUUUAUUUGUAGGAUAUUUGCUCAUAAUGCACAUAAAACUGCAAACCUCAUAUAGCUAAUAGGACCAUUUUCAUUCAAGUCAUUAAGAGAAUAACAAUUCAGUCGUCCAGUGGGGGUAUGUAAUUCAGGGCUUUAAUUCAGGAACUGAGGUACAUGUACUUAUGAUACUUUCUACUUCAGCAUCACUACAUAUCAAACAUGCAUGCUUUACUUUCUACUCUACUACUUAAGUCUGACAGAUGGAGUUACUAGUUACUUUUCAGAUUCAUAUUUUACAUACAUAACUUUGGUUAUAUUUAUAAACCAGUGCAUUGUUCUAUAUUAUACCAAUGAUUUCCAAUCUUUUUGGCUUGGUGUUGUGUUAGGGCUCUUAUCAGAAAUCUGUGCAGUAUUUCUACUGGUAACACUUCUCAGUGGUGCACUGCCAUGCCAAAAUGUUUGCCCUCAUGGCAAAAAAUCAGUCCAGCCAAUCAAUCAUUUAAUCAAGUGCCUCAAGCCGUUUUCACACAUGGACUCCGGACUAUAUCUGCGGAAUCAGGCCCAGACAUAUAGUACACAACAGGAGGUAGUUCAUGCCAUGUGUUCUCACCUGCUGGAUUCCAUUUGUUUUUUGUGCAGGAGAUACACCUGGUUAGAGCGCGCGGGAGGUGGAAUAUGAUGGUCAUCCAUUUAGCCAGUUUGUAAUUUGGUCAUAAACAACUGAGUCUCUUACCUUAUUUGACAAUUUCAUCAACAAACCCACAAGCUCAGUGUGAAUACUCCAAACUAUACGUAGCUGCUUUCUCACAUGGGGUCACUUCAGCUCACUCAGACCUUACGUGGACUUUGUACUAUGGAGCUGGCAGAGUAAAGUCCUCUUACGGUGUGGGUUGACUGAAUAGGGCAUUUGCAUUCUCACAUAUAGCUCUCUCCUGCGUAAUGUCUAAAGAAUUUCAGGGUUCCAGUGCAUGUCUGAAAGAGGCUUCAGUGACUCGCCCGGUAAGUCCGUAAAACAGCACGGUAAGUCACAUACACAGGUGCAAUUAAGGCCAAUUUACACGGAGCGUGUUUUUGGACGCAGUGUUCACGCAACAGAUGGAACUCCAAUCCAUGAAAUGUCUCCUUGACACACUCGCUUCACUCAAACUGUGCUUCAGGUCUAUUUUCUCUGGUACAGUGUGUACAGUGUAAUCUCCACAGACUGUUGUUUUUGGCACUUCAGCAUUGGCUUCAUUUCUCAGCCUCGGAGGCUGCCACUUGCCGCCGCCACACCAAACCUCUUGAGCCACAUGAAACACUGCUAUGAGCUCCACCAAAGAGUGAUUUCCCCUUUAAACCUUUUCAGUGGUUUAUUUAAAAUUGUUUAAAGGCUCAGUUGGGUAAAGCUCUCCAAUAUUUUAACAAAAACCUGAAAUCUUGCAAAAAAAGUCCUAAAGACAAAUACAAAUUUGUACAGAUAAUUUUUGCUUUUUCUUUUUCCAAUCCCAAUAACCCUCCCAUGAAGCUCAGAUUUAUCUUAUGACACUUUGGCAGAGGUGGCUAAGAACCAGUAAGUUACACUAUAUAACUGUAAAUAAAGAAGUUAAAAGUAGCUCCACUUCAACCAGGUACAACAAUAAAAUGCUUGUUAUAUUAUAUAAUGUACUUUUACUAUUUAUACUUUCAAUAGCUCACAGUCCUCUGAUAACAUUUCUGUACUUUUAUUUAAGUAUUGUUGUACUGAAGUAAAGGAUCUGAAAACUAGUUCCACCACUGCAGUCUUCCAACCUACUUUUAGAAACUUGAGGUAAUCUGUCAAAAAUGCUACCUUACACUAAGGUUUUGCAAAAAAAAAUACCCUGAAGCUGCAUGAGUGUCAAGGCAUGUUUCACCUGAAGCAGUCUGGGAUCUGUUGAGCCUGUGCCUGAGGAUGUCGACACUGAUCAGUGUGGCACAAAUGAUUUCCUGCCUUUUUGUACCUCCAUCUGUUUCAUUACAGACCAACCUGUGGAAACAUAAGAGCUGCAAGAAAGAGACCAGCUCAUCCCACUACUGUUUGUCUCUCACUUCAUCUGUGUUUCUUCAUUCCAUCACUCCAUCUCUCUCACAAUCCAUCCAUCAGCGACAGUGGUGUGCUGUCAUCAUUGUGCGUGCAUCCCUCCGUUCCGUCUGUCUGUGUACAUGCAAGACCCUGGCGGGAGUGAAAAGAGGAGUGUGUUCUCAGAUCAACCACUUCCCAGAGGAUGCAGACUUUGACCAUGACGGGGCAGAGUACGUCCUCCGGGUAGUUAGGGCUUCCAACAUCUUCCCAAUCCUCAGUGCCAUCCUGCUGCUGAUGGGAGGGGUUUGCAUCGCUGCUAGUCGUUUCUAUAAAAGUAAGAGGAACAUCAUCUUGGGAGCAGGAAUUCUCUUUGUGGCUGCAGGUCUCAGUAACAUAAUUGGUGUGAUCGUGUACAUCUCGGCUGCACUGGGGGAUAUUUCUCCUAAAAAGGAUGAGGAUAAGAAGUGGCAGUACUCCUAUGGUUGGUCCUUUUACUUUGGUGGUCUGUCCUUUAUCAUGGCGGAGAUGGUGGGGGUACUGGCCGUCAACAUCUACAUCGAGAAGAACAAGGAGCUGCGCUGUCGCUCUCGCACUGACAUUUUCAAGAGCACCACACAUGCCAUGCUCCGCCUGCCCAGCUACCGUUUCCGCCGCCGCUCCCGCUCCUCGUCCCGCUCUACUGACCCCUCCCGCUCCCGAGACCCCUCACCCGUAGGGGGAGGUGGGGGCAAGAACUUUGGCCUGCCCCCCUCUGCGCUACUUUCCCAAGGUCCUAUCUCAGUGUCCACUCUACCAAACCCUCACUCUCGCUCCCACACAGCCCUGGCUGGAGGCGACAUUUCCCUCUACACCUUGUCUCGUGACCCCAAGCUGGGGGGUUUGCCGCCCAUGUAUGGAACGGUGGACAGGGCCACGCUCUACCAGCUCCACAACUGCUUCCCAAAGGAUGGGGGUGGUGUGGGAGGGGGAGUGAUGAUGAGUGGUACACUUCCCUCACUUAAAUCCCACAAUCCCUCAAAUUCUUCCAACUCAAAUGCACUGAUACCCAACUCUGUUGGCUCUGGCCCUCCACCAUUCACUUCAUCUACAAUAGACAGGGAGCGAGGGAUGGGGACUCUGGACAGGCUGAAGGGAGACAGGGAGAGCAACUCUAACACUCUCAAUAGGAAAACAACACCUGUGUAAAGCAAUGUUAUAAGAAGGGGAAGACAGGAGGAAGGGAGAGAAGGAGGAUGGGAAUUAAUGAAAGAGGGAAAAUAGAGAGGCAAACUGUGUUUGUGUUGCUCAACACCAGGCAGAAAGACAGGUGAAACACUAUAUUUCUCCCUCCAUUUUCACUGUUAUGUAGUCUACUCAGUCUCACUGAGAACAAAAAGAAGAAGAGUAAUAACAGAAUGAUAAUAACAACAACAAUGAACUUUCACAAUAAAACUAUUUUCAUAUUUUAAUGUGCUAGAAAUGAUUUAUUUUGUUAAUGAUGAAACGCAAUUAACCUUGGGCUAUUGUGAAGAUGUUUCACAUAUUUUUUGUGCAAUAUUAGUGCUAAUUUAACCAGCUCAUCAUCAAUGUCAAAUUGUUGUUGUGAUUAUUCUUAGCGUUAUUACACACUAGUUGUAUUUGCAAAUACUAUAGUUUGGAAUUAAGUUUUAAUUUUUCUGAGUUUUUUUUUCACUCAAAUUUUAGACUUUGAUGACUUUUACUGUGAAUUUCUUCCAUGCAGAGCCACUGGGGCUGUCACUGAGCUGUGUGUAACUGUGUCAAAGUGUCAAGCAUGAGUGUACACAAUAUAUGGAAGAAUGAGAGUCUGUGUUAUUUUUUAACCCCCAUAUUAUAUAAUUUUCAUUUAUAACAUGAAGUCACUGUAAAUUGUCUUCCAAUACUGAUACUGAAAGAAAUGCAACAACCAUAUGAGUGACUGAAACAACUGACCAACUUCAUUGUUAUCACGAGUCUGACUUUUUUAUGGGCCUCUGUUAGUCUUUCCAUUCUAAUCAGUGUUAACUUUAGUACUUGUAGCUAUAUUCAUGGUGAAGAUGUCUGUUCUUGGGCAUUAACAGAAACCUCUGACUGGAGGAGGCAUAAAAAAAGAGAUGAAGAAUAAUACAUUUGUACAGAAUCAGGUUGCUGCCUGAGCCGAAAAACAAACAACAGAACUAAUAAUAUUUUUAUUAAGCAUCCCAAAGUGGCACAUGCAACUCAUCAUUUUCAGUGACAAAAACUACAGUAUGUAUAUGUGGUUUGAGGGGGUUUAGAAAACACCAUUCAAAAAAAGACUUUUGAAAAGAUACCAGUACAUUGUAAUUUACCCAUAUAUAUAUUUGUAAAGUACAUAGAGACAUGUUUUGGGACCACUGGUUACAAUGGGUUGGCAUUUUAUGCAGUUUGGGUUUGUCUGAAGUGUUUUGUUCCUGGUGCCGUCCCUGGACUCUUGUUGGGUGGUUUCAUCUACCCUACAUGACCAAUAAGAGAGUCACCACAAAGAUUCUUUUCACUGUGCUUCCCCUCUGAUCACUGACUCCUGAGUCUAAACUCUGACCUGUCCUGCUUAUGUUGAUGAGACUGUAAACACAUGUAAACCCGAACCCUGCCACCCUCUCUUCAAAACUGUUCCCAGUGACUACAGGUCUGAGUUGAAACCACGGACACACCUGCUACAUGAUGUAAUGAUGAAACAAAACUACAGCCAGAUGCUUCCAGAUUCUAUACAUUUUCAUUUCUUUGAUUUCAUUCCAGAAAAAGAAAAAUGUGAUAAAACUGCACACAGACAGCAUUUAUGUCGGCAAUAUAGUAUGUACUUGCAAAUAGACAUAUCUAGACAAAUGAUUAUGGUUUAUCUAAAUGUGUGAUAAACUUAAACACUGUACUGCACGAAGUUUAUAAAAAAAA